AUGAAACUGGAUGCUACCGAAUCUGACAUAGAUGAUCUCAUCAUUACCACUAAUCCACUCAAUAAGCCUACUAGACAUCAGGCUACUUUCAGAGCAUACUUCACUCCAACUUCUGAUUAAGAAUUUUUAGUUGCUCCCAAAUAUGGAGAAUUGUAACCAAUGGAAGAGAUGGCACUUAAUUCGUUAUUACUUUUACACCUUUUAAGUAUGGAUAAAUUAGAUCUCACAAAUCAUUUAUUGAAACUUAUGACAUGCAUUGGUCUUACAAAGUCAAAGGCACCUUACUAAGUAUGA